CAUGAAUGUGCUCGCAGCAGAAACUCUGACUGAGAUAUUCGAGCAUCUCGACAAAUACAGUGACCUCCUACAUGUCAUGCAGACAUGCAAAAUCUUCUACGACAUAGGCAUCAGACAGUUCUACCGACAUAUUCGCUAUAACGACCGCCGCCAAUUUAGAGCCCACGACGCGUCCUGCUUCAAUCAACGAGACGACAUGCAUUGUAUUCCACGGUCUUUAGAGCUGGCCGGCGCCAUAUACCCUGAUCCAACAGCAGACCAUGAUCUCAAUGACAAUGAGGGAGAUUGUGUCCACUUCCAGAUUGACAUGUGGAUUCGGAUUCUAUCCUUCACGUCCCUCCAUACGCUCUGCUUCAGAGACAGCGAUCUCCCAGACGCGAGGUCCUUUGGCUAUCUCCUACAAGGUUGCCAGAGUCUCCGAAAACUAGUCAUCGACGAGUGCACGUUUCACGAGGUGCCAGUGGACUUGAGCGAAGGUUAUGACGUCUUCCCGUGCCUUCCUAUAACGGAUCUCUCGCUCUUUGGCUGCAGCACGUUGCCUGGCAGCAGCGACCCAUAUUCGUUUCUGCGUCUUCUUACUAUAACAGCGCUUCGCACUCUUUCCGUCAGCGUAUCCGACCGUGUCAACUCUUUCCUUGCCAGGCGUGACAAGCAUAACUUGCCUUUGCCAUGCAAGCUCGAGACCUUGCGCCUGCAUUUCACCUUGUUAGUAAGAACGGGUAGGCAAGACGAAAUCGCAACAUUUUUAACCGAAGAGUGCCAGUCCGUCCAUGCGCUGGAGGUGUUCAACUUCUUCUGGCCUGUCCCCGAAAAUCUACGACUGCUUCCCCGGGCGCUUGGCAAUUUGACGAGCUACAGGGGUCCACCUAACUUCCUCUUCCCUCUCAUGGAUGGAGGAAGCCUGUUGAAGUAUCUCGAAAUUAGUUAUCCUCCGAUAAAUAUUUUAAGCGCGUUGAGCCUGUUGGAAAAGGUAGGCACCAGGUGGCCAUAUUUGGAGUCACUGAGCAUCACAAUCAAGGAAUGGGACAGGGAAAUUUUGUAUGCAAUCUCGCAUAUCUUCCGAGAUUUCAGAGAGGUGAAGAUCAAGUACUGCAGUGGGUAUCCCAAUGAGUUGUCAAUGCUGAACAUGCCAUCCAUGUUCUUCAGUAAGAUGAAGAACUUGAGAACACUGCAUAUAUACAACUCCAUGGACCCUCCUGUCUCCGCAUGGUUCAGUAAUGGGGACGAUGAUGUAUGCGACCUGAUGACUGGGUGGCUUAAAACAUGCCCAAAUUUGACGGAAGUGAGGUGGGAAAAAGACAAGCUGUUCUGCCGCAAGUCGACAAAGAGGGAGCAUAGAUGGUGUUCUAGAAUGGAUUUACAGCCGGUCGUACCAAAUCUCAAACGACGAAGACAGCAUCAUUAGUAGUAAAGUACGCUAAAGUAGCCUGGGAAGGAAACCAAUAUAUCACGUGAAU